AAUUAAGUUAAGCCUAUGCCAUUCAGCGCCAGUUUCUUAAAGCUUAUAGUAAAAUAUUAAGGUAAACUGCCUAAUUUCCACUCUACCUUCAAGAAAAUGUGUAAAUAGUACUCAAACUUCGGCGAAAAAUAACGCCCGCUGCUAAUUGCUAAGUUACGGCUCAAAAUUUUUUGCGUAUUCAGUGACCACAAUACGACCCGCAAAAUCUAUCAUUAAAAUCUACCUUUAUGAAAUCCAGGCCAAUGAGUUCUAUUUUUGAAUGUCGCCCGUGCGGCGACGCCACGAAUUAAUGAAAGAAUAGGGCAAAGGAGAACCGUCAAAGUGAAAAAUUCAACAUGAGAGGCCCAAUUAGAGUUCCUACUAAGGAUGUCUCUCCCUUCCUUAAAAAAAUGAGAGCUGUUCUUCUGGGUCGUGACCCAGUGCUGAACAACCGGUGGCCAGUGCAGCAAUCUGCUCAUGACCAGCCCCCACCUAACCUCCCUGCUGGCUGCAGUCAUAAGCUCCACUCCAACUACUAUUACACUAGGGAUGGGCGAAGACUGGUAAAUCCUGAUGAAGUUGUGGCCAUCAACACAACCCAAAGCUCAGUGACCAAGCUUCUUGGCGAAGAAGUCCCUCAAAUUCAAGAAGGAGAAGUGAAGUCUGUGACUGUCACCCAGAAGAAGCCCAAAAUUCCUGGCGUUCCAUACAAUCCACCGUACACCCUCAACGUCUAAAGAUGUAAUUUGCUGCUCCAAAUUCGAAAUGCAUGUCAAUUGAUAACUGUAUUGCAUUCAAACUCUUUUCUCAUUGCAUUCAAAGUGUUUGCUCAUUGCAAAUUCUUAGAACAAGUUUUCAGUGAUGAAGCAUCGUCUGCACAUACUUCCUUCUUUGGCAUGAAUAACAACGUAAAUAAUACAGAAGGUAUUAAUACAAAGAGUAUCUUUAAAGCGAAUGUCGGUUUCAAAUGAACUUUGUGUGUGAACAUGAGAGUUCAUCGGCCAGCUGAUGCUGAUAUUUUAACCUUAUAGAAGAGUAGCUUGCUGUAUUCAGAGUGUCUAUUAAGUUAUUGCGCGAUUUUUGUACAGAAUUAUAUAAUAGAGCUGCUCUGGCGAUUGUUUCCUUCUACGGUAACAAUUCAAACAAGCUAGGAAGUCCUUAUAGAAGUGGCCAUUGUGUUAGACUUUGUACUUGUGUCACGAGCCACACACUGUCUAUUGCAGCCAAUGUAGAUAACUAUAUACUUUGAAAUUAAA